AUGUUCAGGUUUCUACCAUUACCAGAAGGAGCCCUUUGCUUGAUAGCCGCCACUGCAUUUUGUGCAGAGUACCUGCUGUUCUACUUCCACUCGACAAGCCAUAAGGGCCUCGAAGGUUACUAUCAUCUGAUCCUCGUCCUCCUGAUAGGACUAUGCGUGGUCUCCUCCGUGGCUGGAGCACUCCUCCCGACGAGCUUUCCAGUCGACUUGACCAACGGCAUUGCCAUCACUCUCCAAGGCUUGUGGUUCUAUCAGACAGCCUUCAGCCUCUACGGCCCGAUGAUGCCUGACGGUUGUCAGCUCACAGGAGAUCAAAUUGCUUGUGGAUCAGCUGCCAGCAGGGUUCGUGGCGAGCUGCUGGCUAACUUUCAGCUAUUCUCCUUGGUGCUUGGGGUGCUUGUUGCCGUAGUGGUAUCAUAUGGUUAUGCAGCUUCCAGACACGGUCGUUCUUAG